AUAUGUAAGUCGAUUAAGUGUCGUUGUCAACUUUUUUAAGCUGAAAAGUAGAAUACUUUGCUGCUUAUUUUGUCUUUCCCUGAAGAACCUUCUGUAUCCAGGUUGUUGAUGAAGUACAUGGAAUCAUCUUCUCUCUACACAAUUCAGAUGAACUGGUGCAAGAUUUCUCACUACUUAUUUCUAAUGAAAACUCAUGAGAUUUGCUCACACUACUGCAUCUUCUGGGAGGCCGAUCUCCAAGAACAUGCUUGCAGUGGAAUGCAUUACAGGGUAUGCAAAACUGCUGGAGAAUGUCAUAACUUUCUCAUCUGAUGUCAUACUUCCAGGAGACACCUCUCAGCUUAAGCAGGGCUUAUGGGAGUGGGUACAUUUCCAAAAGGAUGUAGAGAAUGGUAAUGACAUAGAAGAUCUUCAAAUGAACGAUGUGGAUCCAAUAAAUUCCAGUGUUGUUUCUUACCUUGAAGUAGACAUGACAGGUUUUGCUCCUUUGAUGAAUGUAUCCAGAGAUGAUCCGGAGGCUUUAAUGGAAGUCUUUCCAAGUGAGUUGGUGUGGGACGUCUUGAAUGAGAUGGAGCAAUCUGAGAAAGUAAAUAGACUGGAGACGGAGGAGAUUGAGGAGAGAGUGAAAAAAGACAUUGGUGGGUGGGAUGUAAUAUAUCGUAGUGCUCGAAAAGCUGAAAAGCUUCAGUUUGAAACUAAUGAGAGGGAUGAAGGAGAGCUGGAAAGGACUGGGCAACCAGUAUGCAUUUAUGACGUUUAUGAUGGAACUGGAGCUUGGUCAUUUCUGCAUCAUGGUUCUUUGUACCGUGGGUUGAGCCUAUCAACUAAGCACGGAGAUUGAGGUCAGAUGAUGUUGAUGCAGUUGGCCGGCUUACCCUCUUGAAUGAGACCUACUACUGGAAUAUCCUCUGUGAGAUGGGUGGCAUGUUCUCAAUUGCAAACCAUUUAGAUAAUAUUCAUA